CGACUCUACUUCCAAUCAAAGUCGCAUCAGUUCGAGAAGUAUAAAGUAUAAACGACACCAAGAAAAAUCAAAACCCUCUGUUAAACUCUUCAACAAAGGGUCUUGAAAAUUCUCUGCGUUUAAAAGAAAAAAAUGGCAGAACAUUUGACGGAGGAGCAGAUCGCUGAGUUCAAGGAAGCCUUCAGCCUUUUUGAUAAGGAUGGCGAUGGUUGUAUAACCACUAAAGAGUUGGGAACAGUUAUGAGAUCACUGGGGCAGAAUCCCACUGAAGCUGAACUGCAAGAUAUGAUCAAUGAAGUUGAUGCUGAUCAAAAUGGUACAAUUGAUUUUCCCGAGUUCUUGAAUUUGAUGGCUCGGAAAAUGAAGGAUACUGACUCGGAGGAAGAGCUGAAAGAAGCUUUCAAGGUCUUUGACAAGGAUCAGAAUGGCUUUAUUUCUGCUGCAGAGCUUCGCCAUGUGAUGACAAACCUUGGGGAGAAGUUGACAGAUGAAGAAGUGGAUGAGAUGAUACGAGAAGCAGAUGUGGAUGGCGAUGGCCAAGUGAAUUAUGAGGAGUUUGUGAGGAUGAUGCUUGCAAAGUGAUUCUAACAGCAGAUUAUUGGAGUUGUUAAAGACUUAAUGGUUUACUCCUAAAUUUUGGAUUGUGUUCUGUUAAAUGGUUACUUGGCUAAAUCCGAAAUCCUACUUCUCUUGGCUUAUUUGUAUGCUUGGCUCUGACUGAGCUAGUUUCUUCUUGCU